AUGCAUCCAUCUAUCUAUCAGUCUGUUCAUAUCUAUCUAUCUAUGCAUCCAUCUGUCUAUCUCUAUCUAUCAAUCUAUCUAUCUCUAUCUCUAUCUCUAUCUCUAUCUAUCUCUAUCUAUCUCUAUCUAUCUCUAUCUCUAUCUAUCUCUAUCUAUCUCUAUCUAUAUCUAUCUCUAUCUAUCUCUAUCUAUCUCUAUCUAUCUCUAUCUCUAUCUCUAUCUCUAUCUCUAUCUAUCUCUAUCUCUAUCUCUAUCUCUAUCUAUCUCUAUCUCUAUCUCUAUCUCUAUCUAUCUCUAUCUCUAUCUCUAUCUAUCUCUAUCUCUAUCUAUCUCUAUCUAUCUCUGCAUCCAUCUUUCGCCAUGGAUCGACCCACAAAAGACAAACCUCGCAGAAAUUCUGAGAAAAGAAGAGAAAAGUCCAGAGAUGCUGCUCGUCAGCGGAGAACACAAGAAACAAAUGUUUUUACAGAAUUGGCCAAGAACCUCCCACUUCCUGAAAGCAAAUCCUCUCAACUUGAUAAAGCAUCAAUUAUGCGUUUGACUUUAGCAACCUUGAAACAGACUCAAAUCAGAUCUUUAAUUUCUGAUGAAAAACUUGAUGAGAAAACUGAAGAAGAAAUAAAUGAGCUUGAACAGAAAACACUUGCUUUAUAUCCAAAGGCAUUGGAUGGAUUCCUUGUCAUCAUUUCUAAAGAAGGUGAAAUAAUUUUUCUAUCAGAACAAGUUGUAAAGUUUCUUGGCAUACAGCAGAUUGAAUUACUUGGCCAGAAUGUCUUUGAGUACACACAUCCAUGUGAUCAUGAUGAACUCAGAGACAUGCUUUCACCCAAAUCUCAUUUAUUUGAACAUGAUCCUUACAGGAGGUCAUUCUCAUGUCGUGUGUGUGUGUGUGUCAUUUUUUUCUCUAUCAUUGUCUCUCUUGUGUGUGUGUGUCUCUCUCUCUUGUUUGUGUGUGUCUCUCUCUCUCUCAUUGUUUGUCUCUCUCUCUCUUUCUUUGUCUGUCUCUCUCUCUCUCUCUCUCUCCAUUUCUGUUGUCUGUCUCUCUCUCUUGUCUCUCUCUCUCCAUUUCUGUGUGUCUCUCUCUCUCCAUUUAUUGUCUCUCUCUCUCUCUCUCUCUUCUCCAUCUCUCUCUCUCUCCAUUUCUUUGUGUCUCUCUCUCUCCAUUUCUUUGUGUCUCUCUCUCUCUGUGUGUUUGUGUCUCUCUCUCCAUCCAUUUCUGUUUGUGUCUCUCUCUCUCUCUCUCAUUCUUUGUGUCUCUCUCUCUUUCUGUUGUGUCUCUCUCUCUCUCUCUUUGUGUCUCUCUCUCCAUUUCUUUGUCUCUCUCUCUCUCUCUCAUUUCUUUUGUCUCUCUCUCUCUCUCAUUGUGUGUCUCUCUCUCUCUCAUUUAUGAGUCUCCUCCAUUUCUUUGUCUCCCUCCUCUCUCUCUCAUUUCUCCCUCUCUCUCUCUCCUCCCUCUCUCUUUUUUUUGUCCCUCUCUCUCUGUCCCCUCUCCAUUUCUUGUGUCUCUCUCUCUCCAUUUCCCCUUGUCUCUCUCUCUCUCUCUCUCUUUGUGUCCCCCUCUCUCCUCCCUCCCUCUCUCUCUGUCCCCUUUCCUCCCCUCUCUCUCUCUCCUUUGCCUCCUUCCCUCCUCCCUUUCUUUGUCCCUCUCUCUCUCCCCUUCUCUCUCCAUCCCUCUCUGUCUCUCCCAUUUCCCCUUGCCUCCACCCCCCUCUCUCUCUCUCCAUCCUUUUGCCCACCUCCAUUUCUCUCUUGUUCCCCUUCCUUUGUGUCUUCUCAUGCUCAAUACUUCAAUGA